AUGACGAUUGACGAACCGUACUGUGCAGGCGCAUUAACUGAAAUUGGCGAAUAUUACAGGAAUAAUGUAUACAAGUAUGUCAGCAUACCAAUAUGCUUCGCAGGCGUGAUUUUCAACUUACUCAACGUAUUGGUAUUCACAAGGAAAACGAUGAUUUCGCCACCGAACCUGAUACUCGCUCAUUUAGCUUUCGUAGAUUUUCUAUGGUUACUAGCUUUUAUUCCACAAACUUGGCUGCAUUACGUUUUGCGGGAAAGUGACUUUGAUUGUAGUCAAAGUUACGCAUGUGUAGUAUUAGAAACCUGUGGCGAUACUUUUAUGGUCACUUUUCAGUUCAUAUCAGCAUUUUUGACAGUGCAGUUGGCUGCAUGGAGAUACAUAGCUGUAGUACAUCCGUUGAAGGAAAAACACUGGUGCAGCAGAAAAAUUACUAGUAAUUUAGUGCUUGCAAGUUACAUAUUAUGCGUUUCAUUGUAUCCAGUAUCGAUAUAUUUGUCGCUUCAUGUUACAACGAGCAACGAAAAUCAAACGACGACUUUUUACAUGGAAAUAGACGAACAAAGUCCGAUUCACUUCUCCACAGUGUUUGCUAUACAAGGGCUAGUGUUCAGAUUAUUGCCAACUAUUCUGCUAACGGGGAUCACUCUUAAACUAGUAGUUCAUUUAUUGAAAAGGAAAUACCAUCAAGAGCAAUUAACUCAAUCCGCAAUCGUUCGCAAUAGCACGAAAAACAGUAAAAUGAGACAACAAACAAAUAGGUCAACAGCGAUAUUAUUAACAGUUGUGGCAUUAUACUUCAUAGCCGAAUUUCCGAAGGGAAUAAUGGCUGUACUGCACGGAGCUUACAAGCGAGAUUCGGACUACAGCUGUUACUAUUCACUGUUGGAGGUAUUUAUUGUUAACUUGAUUUGGUAUAAUAACGCGUAUCAUAAUCCUCAAGUUAUUCUAUCUAAUAAAUUCUAUUCUAUACCAUUACACCCUGUACAACAAAGGUAUAAGCAUUGCAAUGCUCAUAUUCCAUAUUUUCUCACUGCUGUGUACCAAAUAACCAAAAAACCUGUAUAG